AUGGUGUGCGGUUUUUUGAAUCGAGAGUUAGGGACAAUCACUAGAUCAGUGGUGAGAUUUCUUGAUCAGACGGUGUGCAGAGCCAUGGGAUGUUUCUUCCAAUGCCUUGGCGUCAGAAACGAUCGUCCCCGCCCUCACCUCGUCUCUACCUUUUCGAAAUCCACCGAUGGUGCAGUUUCUCGAGAUCGAUUAUCAUCUGUCUUUAUUGAAGAUGAGAAAGGAGAUACUUCAUCCAACGAUUUGGAGUCUCCACAAAUUGGUAAAGGUCUCAAGGAUGAGGCAAAAUUCCUCAAAGCUUGUGGCACAAUACAAGAGACUCCAGUUGAAAUUCGCAAAGCAUCUCAGAAGUUUAAACAGUCCCCUCCUUCUGGUGGAGAUUCCGAGACUUCUAAAUUUCGUUCCUGGCUUCCAAACACAUCUAUUGACAAGUUUCAGUUGGAUAAACAAUCUGAUCAGCCACCCACUCCGAAUAAAGUUUUCGAGGCUUUGGAGAGGUCAGAUUCUCCGGAGAACACUCCAAGCAGCUGUAUAUCGACUGCAGCAAACACUGGGAUGCCCUCCAUGUGUUCUACUGAAAGUAGUGAGGCGAUGACUGCUGAUAAAACAGUCAAUAUCGAUGCCUUUUCAAGUUCAGUUUAUGGAAGGAACAAGUCUGUGCGGUUUGAAUGUGAAUCUGAUGCUUCUUCUUCUAAAUCUGAAAAUCCUGAGAAGCUUGAACUAUUGGGUUAUCUAAGUGCAUCAAAGUACUCGCCAAACCCAACCCCGUUAAAGCUUUCUGAUGAAAUGCAAACCCCAGGAACUGUUUUUCCCUCAAACAUGAAAACUUUGGCAAAUGGGAAGACUCGGAUCCGGUCUGAAUACGUUCAUUCGGUUUUCAAUCCAGUUGGAAAUGCCUCUCUGUUGAAUGCAAUGAAGGAAGAAGAGCCAUUUAGCUCCAAAGAGAUGUUCGAUGAGCUGAAAGAAUCUCCUCAACGAAUAGAAAGUGCCAUCCCAAGGCUAGAAGUGGGAGUAAAACAAUCUUCUCUCGUGAAAGAUUCAGAGGUUGAAGAAGGCUUGUCUUCUUGGCUGAAGCCAAAACAUAAUGCCGUUGUCGAUCCUAAUAAGAAUCUUCAUGUCACAUUCAGCAAAACCCCUCAUAUUAGUAAAACCCCAGGGGAUAGACCCAUCAUUGGUUUGGUGGCUGCUCACUGGAAAGAGGAUGAGUCUUCCCGCAUCUCACCCAAAUGGUGGGAUGGCAAUGGAAACCCAAAUUCAACUACUAAAUACAAGGAGGACCAGAAAGUGAGUUGGCAUGCAACCCCAUUUGAAGAGAGGCUAGAAAAGGCUUUGUCAGACGAGACUUUCAUCUCUCAGAGGAAGCAGGUUGACAAACCACGGAUACAUCUUGAUGAGGAUGAUGAAAGUGACACAGCUCUGUCUCAGCUGCGACCUUCCUCACAUUCCAAGUCAGUCGUUUCGUUCUGACCAGAGCUUAAUUAGCUUAUCCUUGAAAUCUCAGGUU